AAUAAUCAACAAAAGCCUACUUGAUUUGAAUAUAAGCUUUUAUUGAAGUUCUAUGCUUUGUGUAAGUAAAUUAUAUUCGUUGAAUAUGUAAUUUCUAUGGCCAUAUAUGAGGCCACAAUGCUCCGCCUGGCCUGUCUCCUGUCGGUGCUCCAGCUGGCCCUGAGCGCCGAAUACCUGCUCCCUGGUGACAUAGUACCGCACCACUACGACCUAUCCCUACUGUACGAUGUCGACCCAGCUACUAACUAUAGCUUCUUCGGCAACGUGGAUAUACUGCUUCAAGCCAACGCCAAAACCUCAAAGAUCGUCCUCCACGCCAAAGACUUCGACAUAGAUCAAGACAAAGUCACCCUAACCAGCGACGGAGACUCCAUAGACGUCACCAAAGUCCAACUGAACGAUACCUUCAACCUGUUGACCAUUGAGUUGGCCAAACAGUUGGAUGCUGGGAAGAAUUAUACGUUGACAAUCCCGUAUUCUGGGAACCUUGUCAGCGGGUUGGAUGGAGCUUAUAUAAGUAAUUAUGUUGAUAAGAAGACUAGGAAUGAUGAGCACUUGGUGGCGACGCAGUUCGAGUCCAUCUCGGCCCGCAAAGCGUUCCCGUGCUUCGAUGAGCCGAUGUACAAGGCCUCCUACAAGGUGACCAUCGGCCACCAUCGAGCUUACACCGCCAUCGCCAACAUGCCGGUUGAAAGCUCUUCAGAUAUCAAUGCCUUAGAGAGUCGAUGGCCUUGGACAACAAUUGCCAAGAAAUUCAAAAAACCCCAAGACCAAUUCGUGUGGGACCACUUCGGCAACUCUGUCCCAAUGUCCACGUACCUAGUGGCAUGGGUGGUCUCCAAGUUUGCCCACGUGGUCAGUCCCGCAGACCUGUCCAAGACCAAGUUCAGGAUCUGGGCUAGAGGAGACGCUAUUGAACAGACGGAGUACGCCUCAACAGUAGGCCCCAAAGUCCUCACCCACUUCGAGUCUUGGUUCGGGGUGCCUUUCCCCCUGCCCAAGCAGGAUAUGGUGGCUAUUCCUGACUUCGCGGCCGGGGCCAUGGAGAACUGGGGGCUCAUCACGUACAGGGAAACUGCGCUGCUGUAUGACAAGGAGCAGUCUUCUUUCUUGAACAAGGAACGUGUUGCUGAGGUGAUAGCCCACGAGCUAGCCCACCAAUGGUUUGGCAACCUGGUCACCAUGAAGUGGUGGUCGGACUUAUGGCUGAACGAGGGUUUCGCCACGUUCGUCGCCUCCAUCGGGGUGGCGGCUGUGGAGCCAGAUUGGAAAGCUGAAAGAGCAUACGCUGUGGAUAACCUCAUGUCUGUGCUGAGCCUAGACGCACUAGAAUCCAGUCACCCGGUAUCCGUCCCCAUCGACGAUCCAAAGCGCAUCGCAGAAAUCUUCGAUGAGAUCUCUUACCGAAAGGGAUCCUCCCUGAUCCGCAUGAUGACCAUGUUCCUUGGAGAGGAAGUCUUCAGGAAAGCCAUUAACAACUACCUCGUAAAAUACUCUUACCACAACGCCGAGCAAGACGACCUCUGGGCCGAGCUGACGGCCGUCAACCAGCAGUACGGGGGGCUGUCACGUAACGUGACCGUCAAGACCGUCAUGGACACGUGGACCAAGCAGACGGGGUACCCGCUAGUCACGGUCACCAGGGACUACAGUGACGGCACACUGUCUAUUACACAGAAACGCUACCUUGCUGUCGGCAACAAGGUCUCCGAGGCCCAGCCCUCCUGGUGGGUACCCCUCAACGUGCUGUGUCAGAACGAAGUGGGUCAGAAACCGGAGCCGGUAGAGUGGCUAGCUGCUGACGAGGGUUUGCUGACGGGGCAUCGGUACAAGCACGGCUCGGGAGCCGGCGAGUGGGUGCUGUUCAACGCUGACAUGAUUGCCCCAUACCGAGUGAACUACGACGCUGACAACUGGCGACUCCUCUCCAAGACCCUGAACAGCGAGAACUACGCCAGCAUCCCGGUGCUGAGUCGAGUACAGCUCAUGACGGACUCGUUGGAGCUCGCCUGGACUAAUGUGCUGGAUUACGAACAUGCUUUGCAAAUGGUGAAAUACCUGAACCGCGAGGCCGACUACUUGCCCCUCUCUACCGGCCUCCGCGGCCUCAGCAAGAUUGAGAACGUGAUCAAGCGCAGUCCAGAGUUCGGGGCGUUCCAGAAGUUCAUGAGGGGACUCGUGGCUGAGAAUUAUGAGCGAGCCGGCGGGCUUUCGAAGAAGGCUAUUCUGAAUGGGGAUCAGCUGAACAGCGUCAAAUUACAGGUGCUGACGAGCUCAUGGGCGUGCAGGAUGAAGGUCCCUGGCUGCGAGGAAAAUGCCAUCGAGCUAUUCCAGCGGUGGAUGUCAUCUGACACACCCGACGAAGAUAACCCAAUCCCACUGGACCUCCGCCGUACAGUAUACUGCGUGGGCAUAUACCGCGGCAGCGUGGUGGAGUGGCGGUUCCUGCUGGAACGCAAACGGCAUUCCAACGUGGCCUCACAUUCCGAUGACAUUCUGCAAGCGCUGGCUUGCACCAGGGAGAUCUGGAUCCUUAACCAAUACCUGGAAUGGGCGAUCACGGAUGGCUCGGAAGUCCGUAAGCAGGAUUCCAUCGGCGUCAUCAGUGCGGUCACUCGCUCCACCGUCGGUUACUACGUGGCUAGGGACUUCAUCUACAACCGCAUUGGUGAUAUUGAGAAGAGGUUCCGUGGCUCAGAGACCAGAAUCGGAAGGAUUAUGAGGACUCUUCUGGAACAAUUCACGACGCUAAAGGAAUUGGAAGAGUUCGAAGCCUGGGCAGCCGAACACAGCAAGGCGCUCGAAGGCGCCAAGCUGGCCGUGAAGCAAGGCAUCGAGAAAGCCCGCGUCAACAUCGACUGGAUCGCCAAGAACAAGGAACAGGUCAUCAGCCUGAUGCGACUAGCCGCCACAAAUGAAAACCUACUAGAAUGGUGGAAGAACUUUUUCAAAAGUAACGGCGGGAGUGUCGCUAAGGUUUUCACAAGGACAGUCAUAAUGUGUGUUAUUGCGCUUCUUGUACUAUGACAAAUAAGUUUUGAGUAAGGUUUAUUGAAGAAUUUAUUUAUGAGCCUAAUAUAAUGAC